AUGUAUAAAAUUCAUAACAAAACUAGAUCUUUUUAGUGUUGCUGUAACAAAACACUUCAAUUAACAAUAUCUUCUUUUUAUUUUUUGCCUAAUAACGGCAUUAUUAGGCCUACUCAGCUCAAAUAAUAUUUUUUUAAAAAAUAAGUUUGCGAAAAUAGAAUAAUUUUCUAAAUCAGUGAUUUUCUUUUGAAAGAAUACAUCCAAUUAUGCUGACAUUAAAAGAAUAAAUUAGAGUUUCAGUUCUCAAUUAAAUAGAAAAUAACUCUUUCUUACCUCACACACCAACGGCCAACCAGACUAGUAUGAUUAAAUUUCUGUCUAUUUUUAGAGCAAAUUUUCCCCUUGGAUAUAUUUAGAAUUUGGAUUUGCGUUGUUUAUUGUGUUGUUUUGAUGUAAGUGUUGUAUAAAGCUAGGCUGGACCAAUCCAAUUAGGACUAACUACGUCGUACAUAAAAGAUACCAAUCUUAGCCAUCCCAACCCGUACCCGUACCCGAUAACCUUAAAUUGAGUCCCCCCCCCCCCCCCCCCCCCCCCACUUCCCAAAAAUAUAUCGGGAUCGGAAAUCCAAUUAUUGCUUUCCUAAUGGCGUCUGAAAGUGAAAAACCUUUGGAUUCGAAAACGAGAGAUGCUCUGACAGAGGGACUGAUAGACUUGUUAAAACCAUCGGUGGAAGAAAUAGAUGAGAAAGUCAAAACAGUCCGUGAAAGUCAAGUGGAACUUCGUCAACAUAUUGAUAGCUUAGCAGACGAUUUGAAGCGGAUUGCAGAGCAGCAGGUAGUGUCCAUCGACUUGGAGCCGUACGUAAAGAAAUUGAACAGUUCCAGGAGGCGUGUAAUGCUGGUGAAUAACAUUCUUCAGAAUGUGCAGGAGAGGCUAAAUAAACUGUAUAACCAUGUCUCAAAGGAAACUGCCAAGAGGAAAGCCACCCUUGAUCCGACUUAAUGUGGAAUAAUGAGUGAAAUGUGUAUAUUGUCAUCCAUUGAUGUGUUGAUGUCAUCUAUAUCGAUGUGUUGAUCAUUUCUGUUAAAUUAUGAGUUACAUGUAAAUUUAUUAAAAUAAAGAACAUAAACUAUGA